CCGCAAAGCAAACUGAUAUUUUGUGUUCGCCUUUGCACCAGUGGGAAAACCUUCACUACCGCUGUUUCUUCUGCCAUGCCACGUCGGAAAGGGUCCGGCGUUCAAGCCCCGAAGCACGCGCUUCGCCAGUUGUUUCGGAGUCCAAAGGUCGAAACCCUCUUCGUUGCAGUAUCCGGUGUAGGCACUAAGCCAUCGCACGAAUGGACUGACGAGGAAGGAAAUCUUUGGUUGACCGCCAUUAAGGCCCCAGGAAUCGGCCUAUUCUCUUAUGAACACGGCAUCAGCAAACCAGACGGGUCGAUGUGGCAGGCUUUGCUUGAUCAUGGGCAAAUCCUAUUAAAAUCAAUCUUGACCCUAGUGGAGACCCAACACCUUCAGCACUGUCCGAUACUGCUUGUUGGCCAUAGCCUAGGUGGACUCGUCGUGAAAGAGACUCUACGUAUCGCGUACGAACGUACGGAGCAACAAUAUAGGCCCUUCAAGAAGUCUUUGGCAGGAGCUAUUCUAAUGGGCACUCCCCAUUCCAUAUCUCCUGACAAGGAGAAGUGGCAGAAGGUUGCGUUGCUUCCGUACGUCGCGGGGGUGGGUUUCAAGACUCAAUCCAUCGAAGCCGACAAUAUUAAGAAGCUCACACAAAGCUCUCAGGAUUUCGACUCGGGUGGAGUCAUAUGCCCAGUUCUGACUGUAUGUGAAAAGCGAGAGACAAAGCUGAAGCAGCUCUUCAGCUCCAAACGGAUAAUGCUCGUUGAAAGAGAGUUUGCGCAGACCGGAAGCGGAGGAGAGGAGAUUGUUGAGGUGGAUUCGAACCACCGAAAUCUUUGCAAUUCCUCGCGUGAUAAGAGGAUCCAUGAGUUCAUAGAAACUGUACUCGAAGACUCGCGGUUGAAAAUAGCGAGAGACUCCCCGCUAUCGGCGAUCGAAGUGGACGAGUUAGACGAGAGCGGCUACGACAUGGCUGAAUCGAGCUCGAACCAGACUUCGGGCCCUGAUCCAUUCACGGCUUCUGCCACAGCAGGGUCCUCUGAUUUGGGCUUCGAGUUUGUCCCAAUGGCUUCGAACCCAAGGCUUGAUCACGAACUGCUGAAGCUCCCAUGUUACUCCAUUCCGGUAGCCCGAAACAAAGAUUUCUACGGACGGGAAGAUGUUCUUGGAAAAGUCGAGGAGUACUUUUCCUCUCCAAGAGAGACCGACGAUGAGGACAACAACGCCCGAAGUUUCGCUCUCUGUGGACCCGGUGGCAUCGGUAAAACUCAAGUUGCGGCCGAAUACGUGCAUCGAUGCAAGAGCACGCGGGCAUUUGACGCAAUCUUCUGGAUCUAUGCAGACGAGCCGUCAAAAAUUUCUGAUGGAAUUGGGCAGAUUGCUAUCAGCUUGGGCCUGGUAUCGCCCGACUCCCUAGAUGCCUUGGAUCCAGUCAUUACUGCAAAUCUUACCAAAGGAUGGCUCUCCAAUCCAGUCAGAGAAGAAGUCCCUGACGAGGACCGAGCGAGCACUCAGCCGUCCUGGCUAGUCGUUCUAGACAACGUUGAUGAUAUCCAGGUCCUUGAGGGUUUCUGGCCUCUGGAAGGCCCGGGAUGCGUUCUCCUUACGAGCCGCGAUCCACUUUCGAAAAAGCCCAAUGUCCUUGCAGACACAGGACUUGAUCUGAAAUCAUUCACCCGGGAAGAGUCCAGCAGAAUGAUCGCACAACUGACAAAGCGCAGAGAAGACGGCCGCGGCAUCGGUGACAGACUAGGAGGUCUGCCGCUCGCAAUUGCGCAGAUGGCGAGCGUCAUUAUCCGCAACCACAUGACUUUUGAGGAGUUCAUUGAGACCUGGGACGAAAACAAAGAGCACCCGGAGUACCUUGGCUAUAAUGAGGGGCUGGGACAGUCCGAUACAUACGGCAAAAAUCUUUCAACUGCAUGGGCCAUUGAAAGCCUCCGACACGGAAAGCCGCUACUGGACGUUCUCGCAUUUCUCGAUCCAGACACUAUCCAGGAAUAUUUCCUGAAGGUGGGGAGCCAGGAAGAUGCCCUGAAGGUGCGGAUCCAGACCUCACUCGAGGACUACCCCACCGCCAGUUUUGCUUAUCUGAGGGCAAGAAAAGAGCUUCUUCAGACGUCACUCGUUUCUAAAGACAGCACCGAGAAGAAUAUUUCAGUGCAUCGGAUGGUCCAAGACGCGACGCGCUCAAAAAUGAGCGAGAAACGUUACCAGGACACGUUUUCCGCUGCGCUGCAGCUUGUCUCACAUGCGUGGCCGUUCGAAGCGUUCGGAUGGCGACAUGGAAUCGCGAGGUGGCGGAAAUGCGAGGAACUCUUUCCUCACGUCCUUCGUCUCAAGGGACUCGGAUCUGACCUCGUCACUAAGUUGGAAUCUCUGGAUAUCCGAAUUGCAUAUUGCAAGCUGAUGAACGACGCUGGAUGGUACUACCACGAGACGGGCCACUUCACCGAGUCGCAGUCCUUUAUCGAACAGGCUCAAGCGGUAGUGGAGAACACUCAAUCCAUUCUAGGACGACUUGGACGCAGUGACUCUCACAAGAACGAGGCUGCGAGACAGCUGCUUGCUAUUCUCGCGGAGACGCAUCACAAUCUGGGCUGUAUCGGCACAGAAAGCAACCAACCGGAAUUCACGCUGAAGCAUUUCAAGAAGUUCAAUGAGAUGAUGAGUGUAGAGAUCGACGAAGAGCUCCAAAAGUCCGAUGAUCGGCUAGCCAUCUCUUGGAACGAGCUUGGGAACGCCUACAUGAUGAAUAAGAUGUGGUUUGAAGGAGAGCGCUGCUUCAAGUUAUGUCUCGAAGUGGCUCAGCGCAAGGCGAAUUUUGCCCCGGCUGAGUUCUCGUUCCCGUAUAUCAAUCUCAGCCUGGCAUACUGGCUCACCGACAGGCUAGAGCUGGCUCAAGCAACUUUGGAAGAAGGCUUGCGACAUCGUGUUGACGUGUACGGUCAUGACGACAGUCGGUCGUUCAUAACCGGUCGAUUCCUCUAUGCGCUCGGAAACGUCACUGCCUCCCAAGGCCGACUGGACGAGAGUCUCGCAUUUCAUGAGCGCGCCUUGCGUCAGUUCCUGAACACCAUUGGUAAGAGUCACCACCGAACGGGCGACGUCCACGUUAAGGUGGCCGAACAUUACUUGCGGAAGGGACAUUGGAAGAAAGCAAGGGAGCACAUUGACGAGGCGUUGCAGAUUUUCAGUGACCGUGUGAUCUUUCGGCCAGAGAAAGCACGCGCCACUUUUCUGAAGAGCGAGAUCCUUCGAGCCAGCGGCGACAUUGAUAGGGCACACAGACUGCGGGACGAAAGCGUGCAGUCAUAUCAUGAGAUAACGGGGAAGGCUGCGUCUCUAGGCAACGAGCCGUCCCACGCUGACUUCAAUGACUUGGUAGCCUUCUGGUCGCGAUGACUUUUGCUAACCGGUAAUUCGCUACAUGUGGAGGGUUUGUUUUUCUUGUCUUAUUCUGAGUCUGCCUAAUACGUCCUUCACCCUUGGCAGCGAAUUGUGGUUUGGGGAGGAGGGGUGAAUAAGCCAAUAGGGCUCCGAUAUGCCGUCCGACCCCUGGCCGUGGCUCAGCGCAGCCCGCUCGCCUUAGUGUUUCGGAGGGCGUUACGCUCGGCUCCGCCCCGUGCCAGACCCCUCCUGCAUCCAGCCCGACUCAAGAGCCUCACUCUCAAC